GGAAAGCUGUAUGCCAUGAAAGUUUUGAAAAAGGCAACAAUAGUUCAAAAGGCUAAAACCACAGAGCAUACAAGGACAGAACGACAAGUCUUGGAGCACAUUAGACAGUCGCCAUUUUUGGUGACGCUGCACUAUGCUUUCCAGACAGAAACCAAACUUCAUCUCAUUUUAGAUUAUAUAAAUGGUGGAGAACUUUUUACUCAUCUUUCUCAAAGAGAGCGUUUCACGGAGCACGAGGUGCAGAUCUACAUUGGAGAGAUUGUGCUUGCCCUUGAACAUCUCCACAAGACUGAAAGAGCAUAUUCCUUUUGUGGAACUAUUGAAUACAUGGCACCAGAUAUUGUCAGAGGGGGAGAUUCAGGACAUGACAAGGCAGUUGACUGGUGGAGUUUAGGUGUUCUAAUGUAUGAAUUAUUAACUGGAGCAUCUCCUUUCACUGUUGAUGGAGAAAAAAAUUCCCAGGCUGAGAUAUCUAGGAGAAUAUUAAAAAGUGAGCCUCCAUAUCCCCAAGAAAUGAGUGCUUUGGCUAAAGACCUCAUUCAGCGUCUUUUGAUGAAAGAUCCCAAGAAGCGAUUGGGAUGUGGUCCACGUGAUGCAGAUGAAAUCAAAGAACAUCUCUUCUUUCAGAAAAUAAACUGGGAUGAUUUAGCUGCCAAAAAAGUGCCCGCACCAUUUAAGCCAGUCAUUCGAGAUGAGUUAGAUGUGAGUAACUUUGCAGAAGAAUUCACAGAAAUGGAUCCCACCUAUUCUCCCGCAGCCCUGCCCCAGAGCUCUGAGAGGCUGUUUCAGGGCUAUUCCUUUGUGGCUCCUUCUAUCCUAUUCAAGCGCAAUGCAGCUGUCAUAGACCCCCUCCAGUUCCACAUGGGAGUCGAACGUCCUGGAGUGACGAACGUUGCCAGGAGUGCAAUGAUGAAGGACUCUCCAUUCUAUCAACACUAUGACCUAGAUCUGAAGGACAAACCAUUGGGAGAAGGAAGUUUUUCAAUUUGUCGAAAGUGCACACACAAAAAAAGUAACCAAGCUUUUGCAGUCAAAAUAAUCAGCAAAAGGAUGGAAGCCAAUACUCAGAAAGAAAUAACAGCUCUGAAACUCUGUGAAGGACACCCCAAUAUCGUGAAGUUGCAUGAAGUUUUUCAUGAUCAGCUUCACACAUUUCUAGUGAUGGAACUUCUGAAUGGGGGAGAGCUGUUUGAACGCAUUAAGAAAAAGAAACACUUCAGUGAGACAGAAGCCAGCUAUAUCAUGCGGAAGCUUGUUUCAGCUGUAAGCCACAUGCAUGAUGUUGGAGUGGUGCACAGAGAUUUGAAACCCGAGGUAUAA